UCGUUUACGUGCGUUGGCUUGGGUCAGAUAGAGAAAUUGCCGCCAUCAUGAUGAACAGCGGUGGAAUCGGGGUCCCCCUCGGCUUUCCUUUAACUCCUACUUCGGUUAUUCAAGUCACUAAUUUAUCCUCCGCGGUUACUAGUGAGCAGAUGCGGACGCUCUUCGGUUUCCUAGGUGACAUUGAGGAGUUGCGCCUUUACCCUCCGGACAAUGCACCGCUCGCUUUUUCUUCCAAAGUAUGUUAUAUUAAGUUUCGGGAGUCUUCAAGUGUUGGUGUGGCCCAGCAUCUAACAAAUACAGUUUUUAUUGACAGAGCUCUGAUAGUUGUACCCUGUGCAGAAGGUAAAAUCCCAGAUGAAGCCAAAGCCCUCUCUCUCUUGGCUCCUGCUCCAACAAUUACAAGCCUGAUUCCUGGUGGAGGAUUGCUUCCUAUACCAACGCCUCCUGUGAAUUCAAUAGGAAUUUCCCUUGGUCCACUAGGAGCUAUACCAGCAACAGCAUUGGAUCAUAACAUUACAGCCAUUGGAGACAUACCCCAGCCACCCAUUAUGGGCAAUGUGGAUCCUUCCAAGAUUGAUGAAAUUAGAAGGACUGUAUAUGUGGGAAACUUGAAUUCCCAGACUACAACAGCUGAUCAGUUGCUUGAGUUUUUCAAGCAAGUUGGAGAAGUGAAGUUUGUGCGGAUGGCAGGUGACGAAACCCAGCCAACACGCUUUGCCUUUGUGGAAUUUGCUGACCAGAAUUCUGUACCUAGAGCUCUUGCCUUUAAUGGAGUUGUGUUUGGAGACAGACCAUUGAAAAUAAACCACUCCAAUAAUGCAAUAGUGAAGCCACCUGAAAUGACACCACAAGCUGCUGCAAAGGAGUUGGAGGAAGUGAUGAAGAGAGUACGGGAAGCUCAGUCUUUUAUAUCCGCUGCUAUUGAGCCAGAGUCUGGAAAGAGCAGUGAAAGAAAAGAUGGUCGAUCGCGUUCCCAUUCACGUUCAGAAUCCAGAUCUAGUUCAAAAUCUCGAAGGAAAAGAUCACACUCAAAACUCAGGAGUAGAUCCCGUGGUAGAUCACUCUCUAGUCAAAAGGACAGACGCAGAUCCAAAAGUCCACUCAAAAAGCGUUCAAAGUCUAAAGAACGCCGAAGAUCAAGAAGCAGCUCUCCUUCUCGGAGAGAAAGAGAAAGAGAAAGAGAUGAAAAAAAGAAAAAGGAGAAGAGAUCAAAAACACCGCCUAGAAGUUAUAGUUCUUCAAGAAGAUCACGUAGUUCUAGCAGAGAUCGAAGGAAGAGGAAGAGCCGAAGUCCUUCAAAGUCUCCCAGAUCAUCCAAAAUCACAAAAAGGAAAUCAUCUCGGACUCCAUCUCCAAGGAGAAGCAAGAAAGACAGAAAAACAGAAAAGGAGAAAGAUGUAAGUAAUGAUCGAAGAAGAGAGAGGGAGAGAUCUACCUCAAAGCAAAAGAGUAGUAAAGACAAAGAGGUCAAAGAGAAAUCAGAUAAAACCGCAAUUGUGAAGGAUAAAGAUCUCAGUAAAGAGAAUCAAAAUUCUGAAAUCAGUAAAGCAGCAGAGGAAGAAGAGACAACAAUUGCAGCAGAAAUUGAACAACAACAGAAUGGGAACUGCCAACCAAAUGAAGACACGAUCUCAGUUAAAACUGAAGAUGUGUAGAAUAUUGAAUGGACCUUUGACCCAUUUUGCAAAAGAAAUACAAAACCUUUUGUUUGAUCUCCAAAAUACAUCAAAAGAGGAUAAAAAAAAUUAAGCAAUCAACUGGCCAUACCAAAUUCUGCUAGCAGCUACUCCAGUCUUGGUGGUUUGGUCAGCUUGAGGACUGACAAGAAGCAGGACUCUGACCAAUAGGAUAUGCUGUUACAAAAGCAAGCAGCAAUGGUCAUAUCUUCCAAAAUAAAUGUAUUUCAUUGAUCAUAAAAUACUAGGUGGUUGCAAUCUAUACUAUCCUGAAAAGCUACCAGAGGGAUGCAUUUGGAAGUUGUUAAAAUAUUUGUAGAUUGAUAAAUUUUGUUUUUUCUUAUGGUUUUAAAACUAAACUCCAUGUGAUAUGUUUUGAUGAUGUGCUUGAAAAUGGUGCAGAAAUAAACAUAUUUCCCUUGAUGUUGUAAAUUACAAGUGAUGAAAAGUUUUAACUUAACAGUUUUACAUUUGUGUUUAUGCCCACAAAGGUAAGUGAAGAUUCUUCCUCUGUUGUUUGUGACUUUCUUUUUAUAUUUUUAAAAACAUAUUUCACAACGUAAGUCUACAAUUCUUCUCUUAAUUAGUAGUUGAUCAAUGCAUGCUAAUGUUCUGAUUCUAAAAAGAAGAUACAUGUUUAUACUAGAGUUCCAUUCUUCCAAUUAUAAGCACAUCUUUGUAGUAAUUCCAGACAACUGACUUUGUCUUGAGUUGUAUUACAGGGUGCCUACUCACUUGCAAAUUGAACAGAACAGAAAGACAAAUUUUUACUUGUUAGUGGAGAUGUAGAGCACAAGCUGAUGCUUUAGUGCCUUUGACACAGAAUAGUGAUUUCUAGUAAUGUAGAGGUUUUUUUUUAAAAAAAAUCUCUGUUUGAGUUGCUCUUUUUGAUGAUUAUCACACCAGUAGGCAAGCAUUUGAAAGAUGUCAGUCAUAUCAACUAUUAGUUAUUUGAAAUAAUUUGAAGAUCUCUUGAUUUCAAGUAAAAAAACCAACAACCCUAUGUAAUAUAUGGAUUAAUUGCUGUUUAGGGACCAUAAAAAAGUGAGCAUUUUAUCCAAUUAAUCCAUACAUUUUUCAGAUCAUAUACUGAAACAUGGAAUUGAAUAGUGCUAAAAAGAAGUAAUUUACUUCUCAUCAGGACUGGAACUUAGAAAGCUCCCUUUAAAAGCACGUAUCUUAAGGGCUAAAUGUAAGAGGUUAUUUCUAUACUUUCUAUCAGAAGUAAAGAAAUAAUUAAGAUUUCUGUUCUGUUUGAUAAAGUUCUGAAAGAAAAAAAGCAACUAGUUCUAGUCUCAUUGCAGCCUUUUAAAAUUUAAAGCAAAGGGUUAUACUGUAAAAUCAAGAACUAUUUGAAUAUAAUGUAAUACAAUCAUAUGGCCUUAUAGCACUGAAAAAAAAGUAUGAAAAGCCAAAUAGUCAUAUAGCUUUCAGUUUGUGUUUUCAAUAUUUCUGUUUAUGGACAGAUAGGUGAGUAUGAUAAAAUGAAAGCUAUAAGAUAAGAGGGCUCUUAGAUUGUGACACUGCUUUAGUAGCUCAUUGUUGGGUAAGGUGUUUUUGUUUGUUUUUUGUUACAGUCUAAAGUUUUUUUUUCUUCAAAAAACCUUUAGUGAAUGCUUUACCAUGUAAAGUAUGGACAGUAAUUUUGUGAUGUUUAUGCCACAUAAAGUUGGCUUGCAAACAGCUUAUUCUGAUAAAGCAAAGACAAACCUCAUGCUUCUUGAAGGACUGUGAAAGAUUGUGUCUUGCAACAGCAGCUGUCAUAUUUAUGAUUUGUAAGUAGCAUAGAGCAAAGAUUGUAUACCUGCUAUCUUUGGUACCAUCACUAAUAAAUUUUAGUAUUUUAGAGAGAAGUAGUUUUGAUUUGCUUUUUAAAAUAAUGCCUGAAAGUUUAUUAUCAUUUACUACAAUAGCUGCAUUUUGUUAUAUGGAUACUUUGGUUUGUGUUGGUAUAUAUAGCAAAGUAAAAAAGAUGGAGCCCAGAAGAGAUAUGUAUUAAAAGUUUAUAACUUUUCAGUAUAAAGUAUGGUAAUGUUCCAAGUUUUUUUCAUAUAUUGCCAAAUGUGGUAUCACUUUAAUUUACAAGCAGAGGCUGAGAUGGUUACAAUGGGCCUAGUGAGUGUUUGAUUAGGAUCAAUUUAAGACUAGUUAAUGUAGUAGCUGAAUAGGUUAAGGUCGUUUGAGUACAAUAAAAUCCCUGUUAAAAUUG